GACUGGACAAAAGACAGCAUGUUACCUUUCGCGAUAGUUGAAUUUAUAAAUAGUGGAGGAUUGGCAGUUAUACCGACCAAGUGGUUUAUCGGGCCUGAGGAGGAUGAAUGCUACUGGCCACCAGCAAGGAUGAACAUGGCAAAGGCGGUCAUAGAGCAACAGGACCCUCACACUGACUGGGCGACAUACAAGUUGACUGUCAAGAGAAAAGUCGCAACGUAUGAAAUUGCCCGCACAAAAUUAGUCGAGUAUGAACAGAACACAGAUGUACCAACCGAAUCUGAUUCCACAGAGAAUAUGGGAAGGGGGAAGCGCAAAAAGAGACGAGUGAUUUUGUCCAGUGACGAUGAGGAUGAUGUCAAUUGGUCCGGCAGCCAAAUCAGGCCUACACCUCCAUCCACCCUCAGGUCUGUGCUGACACCUCCACCGCCUCCAUCCACCCUCAGUUCUUCACCAUCAUCUGCUAGGCCGACACUUCCACCACCUCUGGGUAACCUGAGAUGGCCUGAUGUUUCAACCCAUCACCACGUCACCAUGUCACCAGAAACCUCUCAAAGACAAAUCAGGGGCAACAUGUUUGUUCGCAUCUUAACACUGAUUGAGGAGAUGAAAGAGACACAAAAAAUCCAGGGGAGGAUGUUACAAACGCUUCUACAACAGUGUGGCAACAUCGGCACCACCUUCUCUUCUACCCCCGAGGGUUUCCCCCUAAAGACAGUUAGGGAUGUGGAAAUCAUGGAAGAAAAACUGGCAAACCCAAACUUCAUGUCCGAACUGGUUGCAGCUGUGACUGACAUAGGAGGGGGGACUGUUGACGAGGCCACAAAAAGGAUGAUGACUUUUCUCCUAGACCAUGGCCUAUCCAGGCAGUAUAACUUUGUGGGCCGAAAUGGGAAGAGAGAGUUCAAGGCCUUAAAACUGUAUGAAGUAAUAUAUGGAGGCUUAAAGAAAAACGCCAUGACCAGCCAAAUCACCCGUAAAGAUGCCGAGAAGGCGGUCUCCAAGUGGCUCAUUGGUGCUAGGGACCGGGGGGGUAAUAGACAGGCCCGACAGUCAACCCCUCAACAAGGACUUCAGGCUUCAGGCUCGUUUGAGGUGGAAAGAAACUAAUUCUGUUUGUGACAGUGAGGGAACACUGUGCAAAAGCAUGUUGUCAUAAAUUUUACUUAAAUAAAAUGUAAUUAAUUCUA